CCAGUUUGGCCAAGCGCGUUACUACUUCCUGUUUUGCUCUUGUGUAGCAACGUGGAUUCUUUCGGCAUGGGAAUCAUUCACUGUUAUGUGUAACCAGACUCUUAUUCGCUAUCAAAAAUGCAGAUAUCUAGCGUGAAUGACGUUAAGAUUUAUAAUUUAAGCUAUGGAAAAUCUCUGCCAGAGUGGCUCACAGAUCGGAAAAAGAGACAGCUGCAAAAGAAAGAUGUUGACGUUCAGCGCAGAAUUGAGCUCAUCCAGGACUUUGAGAUGCCGACUGUGGCGACCUCUAUCAAAGUGUCACGGGAUGGGCAAUAUAUCUUGGCAGCAGGCACAUACAAACCUAGGAUACGCUGCUACGACACCUACCAUUUGUCAUUGAAAUUUGAACGCUGCUUGGAUUCUGAAGUUGUGGCUUUUGACAUCCUGUCUGAUGACUAUUCUAAGAUGGUGAUGCUGCACUUGGACCGCUAUGUGGAAUUCCAUUCCCAGCAUGGACACUACUACAAGACUCGCAUUCCCAAGUUCGGACGGGACUUUUCCUAUCACUAUCCCUCUUGUGACCUUUUUUUUGUUGGUGCCAGCUCAGAGAUAUUCCGACUGAAUCUGGAGCAGGGCCGCUUCCUGAACUCUCUUCAGACCGAUGCCGUGGAGCACAAUGUGUGUGACAUCAACCCCGUCCAUCACUUGUUGGCUGCGGGAACCAUUGAGGGUAAGGUGGAGUGCUGGGACCCUCGCAUCAGACACCGAGUGGGCCUGCUGGACUGUGCCCUGAGCAGCGUAACCCAGGGAACAGACGUUCAAGGCUUACCGUCCGUGAGCGCUCUCAAAUUUAACGGUUCCCUGAUGAUGGCAGUCGGCACCAGUACUGGACAGGUGCUGCUGUAUGACCUGCGCUCAAGUCGCCCCCUGUUGGUCAAAGACCACUUCUACAACUUGCCCAUCAAGUCCAUAAAUUUCCACGGGCCGUUGGACCUGGUCGUGUCUGCUGACUCCAAGAUUAUCAAGAUGUGGAACAAGGACACCGGAAAGAUGUUCUCCUCCAUCGAGCCACAGACCAACAUCAAUGAUGUCUGCAUCUACCCACAAUCAGGCAUGCUCUUCACAGCCAACGAGGACCCCAAGAUGAACACCUUCUACAUCCCGUCCCUGGGCCCCGCUCCUCGAUGGUGCUCCUUCCUGGACAACCUGACCGAGGAGCUGGAGGAGAGUCCCGAGAGCACCGUCUACGACGACUACAAGUUUGUCACGCAGAAGGACCUGGAGAACCUGGGUCUGGGUCACCUGGUGGGUUCCUCGCUCCUGAAGGCCUACAUGCAUGGCUACUUCAUGGACAUGAGACUGUACCACAAGGUCAAAACCAUGGCAAACCCGUUUGCCUACGACGAGUACCGCAAGGACAAGAUCCGACAGAAGAUCGAGGAGUCCCGGGCCCAGCGAGUGCAGAUCCAGAAGCUGCCCAAGGUGAACAAGCAGCUGGCUCUCAAGCUGAUGGAGGAAGGAGACGACCAGGCCGAGCUGACUGCCAGGAAGAAGAAGGGCAAGGACAUCCCCAGCAUCCUGGGCGACGACCGCUUCAAGGUGAUGUUCGAGAACCCCGACUUCCAGGUGGACGAGCAGAGCGAGGACUACCGCCUGCUCAACCCCAUCGUCUCCAAGGUGGAGCAGAAGAGGAAGAAGAAGCUACGGCAGAUGGCGGAGCAGGCCGCCCAGGCGGAGGAGGACGGCGGCGAGGAGGAGGAGCCGGAGGGGAGGGGCAGCUCGGACGAGAGCUCUGACGACGACAAGAGCUGGGUGGAGGAGGUGCGGGAGCAGCGGCGGCAGAUGUACUUUGAGGAGCGCGAGAAGCGCCUGCAGGACAGGAAGCAGGGCGACCGCAACACCACCCUGGUCGGGGGCGGCAGGGGCGGCGCGGCCUCGGACCGCGGGGCGGGGGGGCCCGCCAGGGGGGGCCAGCCCCGCUUCUUCCAGAUCCGGGCCGGGGAGGAGUUCCGCAGCUUCGGCGACGUGGGCCACACGCAGAAGCUCAAGAAGGCUUCUCUGGAGGACCGGCUGAAGAUGGAGGAGCACUCUGGGACCAGCAACAUGGAGGACUCUGCAGUGGGCAGCAAACAGGUCACCUUCACCCUCAAAAAGUCGGAGGAGCAGUCGAAGCAGCGGCAGGCGGAGCGAGAGCACCACCAGGAGCGGAAGGCGCUGCGCCGCCCGGCCAGCCACCUGAGCAGCGCCCGGGGGCGGCCCCGGGGCUGGGGCCGCGGAGGACGGGGCGGUGGGGGAGGACGGGGAGGUGGGGGAGGAAGAGGGAGAGGU